UUCGCGGUGCGCGUAUCACUCCGCGUUCUGCCACGUAAAGCUCCGUGUCCUAGUUUGGGACCAUUUCCGAUGACAUCUUCAGCGAACACGCUAAACAUUGCGUUCUCAGGAAUACUUUGUUUAAAAUUUGACAGCUCGUCAGUUGAAGAUGAAAAGCGAGAAGGGAAGUGAAUUUCACCGGAAGCACCUUUAACCUGAGCGUGCAAAUCGAGCUCGGUCGCUAGGCGACGGGCGGUGAAGUGGAGACGCGCGGCUUCUUCGGGAUCGAUUUCUCCGCUUCUAGCGGAGUGAAAGCUAAACAGGACAUUCUGGCACAUGGUGUCUGAAAUGUCACCCGCGGUUAUACUGAAUGUAACCGGCACGGCUGGGAUUAGCUACAGCACAAAAGCCGAAUCACGGCAGCGCCGAUGUUCGCUAUAACCUUACUCAUGUGGAGGUGUUUAUCUGCAGGACGCACGCCUGUAGUCUCAACAUCGCAGACGCCCUGUGAUAUGAGUUUUCAUCUCUGUGACUGUUUACACAGGCAGCAAUAAUCUAAUUAUUGACCUUAUUCUGAAUAAGACAAUACUCUGAUUAAGGUGUUUACAUGAGUCGCUUUUAGAAUAUUUCUUUCAUGUUCCCGUUGUACAUGUUAUAGAACGCAGCUCGAUUAACAGCACACGUCAUUACGCCUCACGCCACCCCGCGCCUCGCCGUCCGACGUCCCUCUGGAAUUUCACGUAUCGACAUACGGUCGGUCUUCGUUAUGAGACCGUAUACAGUUUUGGGUGUUUCAUUUUUAAUUUUACGAACGCUUCAAGUGCGGUUAAUUAUUUGUCGUGCUGUACGUGCCAAUAGACGACUCGCUGAAGCCGUGGGCUGCGUCCCAAACCGCGUACCUACCUAAAUACAUGUAUUUCGCCUAUUCUAUACAGUAGCAGGUAAGCACGCGGUUUGGGACGCAGCCGUGCUCUCUUGUUAGCCGUCAAACAGUUGAGCGCUCCCGUGUGUGUGUGUGUGUGUGUGUGUGUGUGUGUGUCCUGUCACAAAAUGCUGCAAAAUUACUCCCAGAUGAUGUUAAUAGUGUGAUUAAGGUGUUUCCAUGUCUAUAACGCACUUUGACUAUGACAGGAAUACUCCACACGCCGAUUUGUGUUUACUUCGAGUAUAAUUUUAGUCGGAUUAAGGUGAUCAAUAAUCGCUGUUUACAUGCUAGUUUCGGGUUAAUAUAGGAUUAUUGUUUGUCUGUUUAAAAGGCGUUAUCGGUUCAGUCAGAAGAGAGCGUAUGGAUAUUCAGUUGCUGUACAACCCUGGUGAGGAUGUUUUUUUCUCCGUGCGUCUUGUCCCUGUUGGCUCUCCACAUGGCGCACUGUGGCUGUCGCGCACGGCUCCCCCAUUAGCGUCAUGACGUCAUGAUUGCCUUCGCAGCUGCCCAGAUUGCCCUGAUGAGAGUGCAUAAAAAGAGCUGAAAGGCUGCAGUCACAGCACCAGAGGCGCGUGAGAGAGACGAGCACCAUGGUUCAGCUGUUCCCGAAUCAAGCCUCGGACGCCACGGCGCUCGCGGAGUCGGUGGAGGACAGGGACGCCGGGCCGGAUGUCGGUCCGAGCACUCCCUCUCCUCCUCACGCUUUCACGUCCCUGCAGCUCGCCCUGAAUCCCUCGGCCAGCGUCUACCACGGGUACGAGACCUACAUCGAGGACGGGCUCAUCUGCCUCCGGCACAAGAUCCGCAACAUUGAGAAAAAGAAGCUCAAGCUGGAAGGCUACCAAACGCGGCUAAAGAACGGGGAAACGCUGAAUCCAGACCAAAUGGAUGCGGUAGGGAGGUACGAAGAAGUGGUUCACAAUCUGAAGUUUGCCAGAGAGUUGCAGACGACCCUCUGUGCCCUCACUCAGGAUCUGUUGAAGGCCCAGAGGAUCGCUAUGCGGAACGAGCAGGUUCAGAGGGCGGAGACCGAGCAGAGGCGUCUGAGUAUGAUGCUGCAGGUGCAGUAUGUCCUCCGCAGUCUCCAGAGAGACGACGUCAGGAAAACCUUGGACACGUGCGAGCGCGCUCGCUACGUGACGACGCAGGAAGUGGAGAAGCUGCUGAACCUGGCUUCGUUGUUGGCUUACAAGAGGGACGAGCGCGUGAGUUUAGAGGCUCAGAUGGAACAGGCCUCUAUUGUUUACCAGGACCUACUGGAUGGCAAAGACAAACCAGUUGCUGGCUCGACAUAUAAAUGCCUGAAGGAGAAGCUGCUCAGACUGGUGGACUCGGGUUUGUUCGAUCACAUCCCAGAGCCUAAAAAAGAUCCGAAGAAGGACGACGAGGAACAAAAACCCGAUGCUUCAUCUACACCGAGCGCCUUACCCGCGGCGGUCAGUUUGAAAUCCAUUGACGUUGUGGCUUCAAGGCAGUUUUUAAACAGACACUACAAGACGGCGCGCGACCUCGCCGGGCCCGGGCAGGGCGCGGAGACGAAGGGGCAGUCGCCGAACUGGAAGGCAGACUUCUUGGCCCUGAAGGAACAGGAACCACCGGACUCUUGGGAUAUGGAGUUUUCUGAUCCACCAGCGUCCUCCAAAAUGACCUUACCGAAGCCUUGGAAAGGAGCAGCGGGGUUCAUCCCCAAAACCAUGGUCACGAUGAAGUCUGCUGUGGAGACCAAACAGAAAAGCCCGAGGAAGAAUAAAGGAAGCCAGGGCUCCAGAUCUGAUGGCGAGGUUAAGAAGCCUGUACCUGUGGAGGUGUUCAACUCUCCGUCCUCUCUGGCUAAAGAUCCGGCCUUGCGCAGACAACAGCUGGAUCACCUGAUGGACCAGAUCACAGGCUCCUUCAGCUUUAUUCAGGACUCCUUACUGGAUGGAGAAGCUGUGCCCGGUAACGACCGAUCCAGGGGUCUGCGCCUGUCUCCUGUCUCCGCUCCUCUGGCUCCGAGAGAACAGAAAAGCCCAGCUGACAUCCUGCCUCCAUCUCAGAAUUCGACUCCUCUUCAUGGCCCGUCUUCUGGAGAUACCCCAAGCCCUCUGGCCAAUGGUGACCAGGUCACGAACACCUCCGACCUGAAGCUGCACGUUGAAGACGGCCCGCGUGCAAAGCAAGAUGAGGGCUUCACCUCUCCACCUCUCUACUGCAGAGAGCCCAGCACCUCUGUACCUCGUGAGAACAAGAACUCUAAACAGGCAGGAAAGCAGCCGCUUUCUAACGGAGACGUUCCCUCGACUGUUCUGGCGCAGACCUUCAGCACUCCCCCCAGCAGACGCUCGCUACCUGCGACCAGCACCGCGUCCUUCAGCAGCCUGCACUCUGUGUUCAGUAGCGAGGUUCCUAUGACCCGGAGCUCGGAGCCGAAAACUGACGAAAGUGGUUUUUUAGGAUCCGUGUGUCUGAGCUACAGCGCGGCGAGCACGCUGAGCCACUCCACUGCGAGCACACAGACGCCCCCUGAGCUCAGCCUGCCCCAAGACGACCUGCUGAUGGAGAGCGCAUACCUGUCAGAAAGUGAUAUCAGUGCUACCAGUCAGGUUUAUUCAUCUCCUGGUCCAAAUUCUGCUCCUCAGUCUAGUCUGGUCCAGCAUUAUUACCCCCGCAGUACACUCAGAGGUAUGACACACGGUGCAAGAGGACUCUCUCUCUCCUCACUCCGCUCACCCAGGGCUUCCAGAGGUGGCUAUGAGGUGCACAGAGUAAACGUACACGCCCCGGGAGGAGGCUUCGGUGCCCAGAGCCACCGUGAGCCUGGAUCGGUUCUUUAUACCUCACAGGAAAACGGGUACCAGUCGAGUCAUAAACGUGCCGGAGGGACGGCGGCUCGGAGGAGCAGCUCAGUUGCAGGCUGGAGCGACUCGUCCCAGGUGAGCAGCCCGGACCGGGAGGGCACGUAUAUAAUAGACUCGGCUCACGGUGACUCUCUCAACAUCACGCCGUCUGGGAUACCCAUGACUGGCCCUCCUCCUCCUCACACCAUGAUGCCCGUAUACUCGCAGCUUCGUGUGGCCUUCUCAGCUGCCCGUGCGACGAACCUGGCUCCAGGCACUCUGGACCAGCCCAUUGCCUUCGACCUGCUCCACAGUAAUCUAGGUGGCGCGUUUGAUGCCCCCUCUGGCCACUUUUCCUGCCCGGCUGCAGGCACGUACGUCUUCUUUUUCCACAUCCUUAAGCUGGCCAUCAGCGUGCCGCUUUAUAUCAACAUGAUGCGCAACGAUGAGGUGGUGGCUUCGGCGUACGCCAAUGACGGUGCGCCUGACCACGAGACGGCCAGCAACCACGCCCUGCUGCCUCUGCGUGUCGGCGAUCAUAUCUGGCUGCGCCUCCACCGCGGCGCCAUCUAUGGAAGCAGCUGGAAGUACAGCACCUUUUCGGGCUUCUUGCUGUACCCGGAUUAAGUCUUCUCGAAAGCUCUCCUACAGGCACGUACACUGGGAUGCUGCUUUGGAUCUGUUGUCCUGCCUGCUAAAUCACUCAUUGCACUUUAUUACCCCCCUCAUCCUUUUUGCACACUAGCAUUACGUGGAUGUAGCAACAUUGUCAGCUAAUUCCAAGGAAGUUGAAGUCGGUUGGGAUUUUCCAAUUUGCAGAUGCCCUUAAUUUAUAUGCUGGCUUUUUUUUUUCUUCUUCUUCUUUCUUCUCCUCCUCUCCCCUUCUUUCCCCUCCUUCCUCUCGAGCCAUACAUGUGAAGCCAUGUCUGCUAACUGUGCCUUUUCUUUCUGGUUACUGAGCACUUUAAAUCGCAUGUAUGAAUGACGAACGUCGUUUACCUGAACACUGGACGUGUUGAGCACUUCACAAGGCUGCUGUGUGUGUGGAUGACUUGAAAUGCUGAUCAGACAAACCAAAUGAUCCCUCUUUGUGCCUCAAUAAAAGAUGAUGUGCAGCA